GCUAACCUGCGGGUCACGUGAUUGUAUUCAAAAUGGCGACCCCAAAAGAAAGUCUGUAAUAGUAUUUCUAACUGUUCUUCUUUUUAUAUAAGAUAGCAACAAGCAAUCAGCGUGUAUAGAGAGAGCUGUUAGAACUUUCCAUUUGAAAAUUCCUGAUUUAUUCUUUUGUCAUUCCAUGAAAAGUGAUUAAAAGUGAGAAUUGCUAUUAUCAAUUUCAUUUCCUUCCCAUCUUGUGACUAAAAAGAACAAAUAUAAAUCGCGUAUCAAAAAUCAAAUUAUGCAAUAUUAUUUAUCAUUUGCUAUUAGUUGUAGAUACUAAAGAAAGGUGAUUGAACAUGAAUUACCAAGCUCCUAAUACAAGACAACCUAAUGUGAAUAUGGUUCAGCAACACCAACCCUAUAGGCAAUUUGCACCCGGAGUUCAGAGUAUGCCUAUGUAUCAAGUCAUGUAUACACCUCAAGUUAUUCAAAGGCCAUAUCACUCAAGGAACGUUCCACCUCCUCCGUAUAACAUUCAAACAAGGCCGAAAGCAAAUCCAAGUCAACAUGAGCAGAAAUUAAAUAAAGAGGAAUUCGAAAAGCAAAUGAAACUAAAAAAAUUCGAGGACCAAAAGAAAAGACUAAUGCAAUUUUCUUCUGUGGGUUUUAAAAGCAAUGUAUCUGCUGAUCAUCUUAUUAAGAAUAUAUUGGGACCAGAAACUACAAAAAAGACUCCCUCUGAUAAUUCCAAGAACAUUCCUGCUAGUCAAUUGAAGACUCCUACAAUUGAGGAUGAUGGUUUUGGGGAAUUUAUUCAAGUACCAACACAAAGCACUGCUCUCCCAACUCCCACUCCCGCAGUAACGAACAAUACUACUGGUUUGAACGCAAACAUACCUCCUGCAAAUAAAGAGCAAGAUCUCAUGUCGAUGAUGAUAUCUUGUUCAAAUCUAAGCGAUCAAGGAAAAGCAAAAACUUUUAACAAGUCUCAAUCUCUUAAACAAGUUCAACCGAAAGUUCAGAAUGUAAAAACUUAUCAACAAAGCACUAAAUCUAGAGCAUGGACAGGGCUUGAGCAAGACUUAAGUGGUAUUUUUACUGCUCCCGGAAAUCCACAACAAAUAUCAACAUACCAGCCACAACCCCAAAUCCAACCACAAUUGCAACAAAAUCCGCAGCAGCAAUUGCCUCAACAAUACUUGCAACAACGACAAUUACAGCAGCAAUUACCGCACCAUCAACUUUCACAGCAACAGCUACAACAUCAAACAUCCCGCCAACAACUACCACAGCAGCAAUUGCCUCAGCAACAGCCACAGUCACGCCAUCAACUACAACAACAAGCCGCUCAACAAAUAAAUCAAGAGCAAACUUCUGAUAAUUCAUUAUCCACAGCAACGUCAUCAGUAGUUUCUCAAGAAAAAGCCAAUUUAGAAGUUGAUGUGUAUGAGGUGAUUCCCUGGCUGAACGGAAAAGUUCAAGUACCAGAAGUUUAUUAUCAAGUAUUAGAAGCUUCCACCUUGAAUGGUUUUAUAUCUACUGAUUUAGUAUAUGGCAUUCUUUUGCGAUCGGGGUUGCCCCGAGAAAUUUUAGGAUAUUUAUGGGAUUUAUGUAAUAGGGAAACUGCUGGUCAGUUAAACAAAGCAGAAUUAUUCGCUAUCUUGGCUCUUAUAGCUAUUGUUCAAAAUAACAUUUCGGUUACUUCCCUAAACGAUUUAUUAAGAUAUAAUGACCCACCCUUACCCAACUUGGGUCAAUCAACGGUAAAUCAGGUUCAAAAAGACAAUAACGGAGUAAUUGAUACAGAUUUGGUUCAGACAAGUGUGACUGAUGUUUCUGAAAAUCUUCAAAGUCAACCUAUAAGCGAUGAUUUCGCUGAUUUUCAAGCAGCACCUGCUAACAUCAAUACUAACUUUGCUAAUUUUCCUUCUUUACCUCAAGAUAUAUCAAACGACAGCCGUGAGUUACCAACCUUUAAAAGUUCCACCUCUGGGAAAAAAACUGAUAAUUUAAACAAUAAAGAAAUAAUGGAUGACACUGAAGAGUUCAAUGACUUUUGUUCCGUGCCACCUAUUGAUUCUAACUCUAAAGUGCAAUCUUUGGAUAAAAUAAAGUCUCUAAUUAGUGAGUCCACCUAUGUUUGUCCCGAUAACAAUAUGAAAUCAACAAGCAGUGCAUCAGAUACUGUUACAAAUGAUACAAGUCGAAGUUUCAGUGGUUCUAGUGAUAUGUUUUCUAUGUCAAGUCACAGCGAUAGUGGAGCAGUUUCAUCAGCAAAUAGUGAAGACUGGAGUGAUGGUAUUGGUUUACCUUCUGCGAAGUCUAAGCCCAGAGAGGAAAUAGACAUUAAAAAGUCUAACUUGUUCUUUAGCAAAAAUAAUGAAAAGCCCGUUGUCAUAGGCACCGGAUUAAACCCUUAUGAUACAACUCCGCCCGAGAUGAAUGACUAUGUUGAUGGAGAUAACGAUGAAGAAUUUUAUUCAAAUCCCACCACUUUCUACGACUUAGAUGAAGACUGCGGUUUAGAUGAUGCUCAUAAUGCCGGAUCAAGCAUGUAUAAUGAAAAAAGUAAGAAAAAAACAACAGGAAAUGCUCUAAAAUCGUCUGAUCGAAUACAAGAUGCUCAAAGCGUUUCAAGUUUAGAUUUACCAACGUCCAAACCUAGUGAUACAAAAAGCGUCUCAAGUUUGGAAAUAAAGCAUUCGGCUACAUCUGAAGCUCUCCAUCAAUCAUCGACUGUGCAAAUGGACUCUAUACCAAAGUCAAGAAGUGCACAAGAUGUUUUACAAGAAGACGUCUCCCCUGUUGCUGAUAGAUAUCGUGACCUUAGAAAAUCUCCAAUUGAAGAGAAAGAGAAUUCUCAUUCAGAAAAAUGGAUGGACUGUAUCAAAGCUGCCAAUGAAGUUCUAAUUACAGCAUGUAAUAUUCUAUCUUCUUGCGAUGAAACCGUGCUUACAGAAGUGCUCUCCUCAAGUUCUGGCUACAACUAUAUCCUUGAUGUUAUUGAGGCCUAUCGAGUUGUUCGUCGUAUAAUUGUGGCCAUAAGAUCAAUGACUUUGCAAGAUAAUAGAUUGAACGAGUGCGUAAAUGACACGGAAAUGUCGUGGGCGAAAUUGACCUCGAUGAUUGCUCAUACAGACGUGAUGCCACAAGCUGAUAAAUUGGAUAUGUCAGAACACGUUUUAUCACCAUCCUCUGUGGAUUGCGAUUCUGAAGUAGCCCAACGAUCGUGCGGAGUCUGCCUGUUGGAUGUUCAAGCGGGUGAUGAGCCUAAACUUGUAUACGGUUCGCGCGCCUAUCACUCAUCUUGCGCUAAUAUAUGGGUAAACUGUGUUGAUACCGUUCUCCCUGCCUUGAAAUUGCCGACUCUGUUAUAA